UUCUGCGAUCACUUGAGAACUUCUUGUGUGCCUUCCCUCCUCAUUCAUUUGUUUUCUUCAGAGUUUGGUCUUGUCAUUGAAAAGUUUUACGGUAGAUUUUGAGGACGUUUUUGGCAGGCUAUGUGUCUAUUUUUUUGGGUAGCAUUGUGGUAUUUCAAGUGUACAUUGUAUAUAUUAUUUGCAGAGCAUGGGUGCCCUCUAACUCAAUGCAAAUUGUAUAAUAAAGACAACUUAAACGUUUUUAACAUACUCAAAGUUUUAAACACAUUUGCAUAUGAAAUGCACCGCAUGUUGUUUAUCAGUUAAAGAAACGGCGAAAGUGUAGAUGUGUUUGCAUUGUGGAUCAUUCAUUUCAUAUUCAUUAGAACCACUAGCCAUGUCAUAAGCUUGUCAGACAACGUCAUUUUAAAUCCUAAUUUUCUGUCUAAUGACAAAACCUACGUAUUUGACUUAAAAUAACCCACUGUUUUAGUCAUAGACUGCAAGUAUUAAGUCAUUAACAAGUAAUGAAUCUUUCAAAGUUGUAAUGAAAUAUAUUGUUCCUAUUUAUUUUGGUAGGGAGGGGUGCUGUUUUUUUUUACAUGCGCGAUGUUUGGCAGUAAUACGGUACAGUCGGUAUUUGAUAAUGCUCAGCCGAUAUGACAUACAGACCACCGUAAGCAGUUCAUUCCGCUCAAGCGUAAUCGCAAUUUUCAGUUCUCUAGAACCGAACCAUGAUAACACAGCCGGGAUGAGCUCUACCGAAGACAUUAUAAUGGCGAUUCCCCGAGAACUCACACAAAACCCACUGCGGAAGAUAUGGAUGCCAUGCAAGAACGGCUUGCCAGAAAAACACAUUUCUCAAAAGAGAGUUUGCAUGACCAACUGUCCCACCCUCAUUGUGACCGUGGGCUUGCCAGCUAGAGGAAAAACAUACAUCUCUAAAAAACUCACACGCUACCUCAACUGGAUUGGUGUACCAACAAAAGAAUUCAACGUGGGAGAGUAUCGGAGGGAAUGUGUGAAAACCUACAAGAGCUUUGAAUUUUUCUGCCCUGAUAAUGAGGAAGGGCUGAAGAUAAGGAAGCAGUGUGCUUUGACAGCACUCAAUGAUGUCAGGCAGUACCUCAGUGUUGAGGGUGGCCAAGUUGCUGUAUUUGAUGCCACAAACACAACCAGAGAAAGGAGGAGCACAAUCAUGAGAUUUGUUGACCAAAAUGGAUAUAAGGUGUUUUUUGUGGAGUCUUUGUGUGAAGAUCCCAAGGUUAUUGCAGAGAACAUUGUGCAGGUGAAGUUGGGCAGUCCAGACUACAUUGACUGUAACACUGAAGAAGCCAUCCAGGACUUUAUGAAGAGGAUCAACUGCUAUGAGAACAGUUACCAACCACUGGAUGAAAAUCUAGACAGAGAAUUAUCAUACAUUAAAAUAAUGGAUGUGGGCCAGCGGUAUUUGGUGAACCGUGUGCUCGACCACAUUCAAAGCAGAAUCGUUUAUUAUCUGAUGAACAUUCACAUCACACCACGCUCCAUCUACCUUUGUCGUCAUGGAGAGAGUGACCUUAACAUCAGAGGUUGCAUUGGUGGGGAUUCAGGCCUGUCAACCCGUGGGAAAGAGUUUGCUCAGUGUUUGGGCCAGUUUAUUCAGGAUCAGAAUAUAAAGGAUCUCAAGGUGUGGACCAGUCAGAUGAAGAGGACUAUUCAGACUGCUGAGGCAUUGGGUGUACCAUAUGAACAGUGGAAAGCACUCAAUGAGAUUGAUGCUGGCGUAUGUGAGGAGAUGAUGUACGAGGAAAUUCAGGAACAUUAUCCUCUGGAGUUUGCCCUAAGGGACCAGGACAAAUAUCGUUACCGUUACCCUAAAGGAGAGUCAUAUGAGGAUCUGGUCCAACGAUUGGAGCCUGUCAUUAUGGAGCUGGAGCGACAAGAGAAUGUUUUGGUUAUUUGCCAUCAGGCUGUGAUGCGCUGUUUACUUGCUUAUUUCCUGGACAAGAGUGCAGAAGAGCUGCCAUACCUGAAAUGCCCCCUACACACAGUUCUGAAGCUCACCCCUGUGGCCUAUGGCUGUAAAGUAGAGUCGAUCUAUUUAAAAGUGGAGGCAGUGAACACUCACAGAGACAAACCUGAGAAUGUGGACAUCUCCCGUCUGGCAGAAGAGGCCCUUCUCACUGUUCCAGCCCACUAUUGACCUAUGACAUCACAUCGCAUACAUCAGCAACACUCCCAUUAGGCUAUUCCAUCCUUUGUCACUCCUCUCAUUGGUUUCUGUGCGCUGAGGAACAUUGGUCAGAAUUUCAGUUAUGAGUCCUGAAGAUGAGCAACUUUAGGGCUCGUAUUUGUAUUUUCUCCUCUCUUGAUUACCAGAUAGGUAACUGGAAUCCAGUUAAUGACUAUUAACCCUAGUGUUGGGGUGUGAGUGUGUGGUUGUUCAUACAUGUUCAUUCUUUUUUUUUUUUUUUUUUACCUUUCCUUGGACAGUAUUUUACAUCUUAAAGGGUUAGUUCACCCAAAAAUGAAAAUUCUGUUCUCAUUUACUCACCCGCAUUUCGUUCGAAAUACAAAUAGCACUUACUUCCCAGACAGAUUCAGUUACCAUUCACUUUCAUUGUAUGGAGAAAAAAAAAAUAUGAAAGUGAAUGCUGACUAAGGCUGUCAGUCCCUAACAUUCUGCCUAACAUCAUCUUUAAUCUUUACACAAGAAAGAAGGUCAUACAGGUUGGGAAAGACAUGAGGGUGAGAAAAUGACAACAGAAUUUUCAUUUUUUGGGAAAACUAUCCUUUUAAUCAUUCAGAGAAAGGUUGUGGGCUAGACAGAGGGCUUUGGCUGUCAUUUACCACUAAAUGUUGCUCAUAGAAACCAUCUUGGAAUACAUUUAUUGAAUUAUAAAACGACUGCGAAUUUAUCAGUGCACUUGAACUUUACUUUGUACAGUGUUUCUGAAAUCAGCUAAAUAUUGCAGUUCAUCAAAAGCAUUUGAUUGUUGGAGGAACCAUUUAAUUUAUAAAGGCGCAAACUAAUGGCUGGUGAUUCUAUCUGAAUUGUGAUCCAUGAUGUAGAGAUUGAGACGCUGUGUGCUUUGCUGAACAAUUGAAAGUGUCCAGAAAAGUCUGUUUAGGAAGCACUAAGUGUUGCCAUGGAGCUUAAAAUAUAUUACCUCCAAUACAUUUCCUGCAAAAGCCAAAAACAAUGUUUACAUUUUUAAAGCCUUGUUACAACAGCAGGCUAAUUUAUUUUUUCUUUUUUUUUGCACAAUAGCAUAUACUUUAUUGUACUUUUGAAAUCGAUUGAUAUGUGCUUAAAGUUUAUCUUUGGUUUACUCUACAGUCUACAAUGUUUAUAGAGAUAGAGUGAAAUGUUUUCAUCUCUAUUAUGAUCAUUAUGUUCAAUAACUGGACUUUUUUUAUGUUUUUCUAUUAUUUGAAGAGCACUUCUGAGAACCAAGUGAAAAGGGCUCUGUGAAUUUGUAAUUAAUCUGUUUUGAGGGUCUUGUCAGUCUGAGUUCAGCUGACUAUGCUAAUGUUUGAAAGCUUAUUGUUCUCAAAUUAGACACACAAUGUGAUAUGUUUUGGGAGUUCGGACAUUAAAUCAUUCUAAAAGUCAACUA